UCAGGAAGAGAAAUUUUUUCUUCUUCUCCACAAUUAAUCACUUUUUUUAAUUGUUCCAUUUUUAUUUUAAUUCUUUGACUGAUAAUUUUUAAUUCAGGUACUUGUAAAUUAUAGUUUGAUUACUGAUUUUCUGUGUUUCGUUUGGUUUGUGUCUUUUUUUGUUCCAUAGUUGAGAUAAAGAUCUUUGUUUGGGUUAACAAGUUGUUAUUUCUUAAGAUUGACUUUGUAGAUUUGUAUUGACACAGUUUAUUUCCUCGUUUAAUUGUGACACUUUUUUGAUUGUCGGUUAUGAUUAUGUUACUUUGAUUGACUACUAUAAAUAUCUUUUCAUCUCUAAUUGUUAAUUACACACAAGUAAACAACUUCUAAACUUGGCUUUCUGUGUGUAUCUCAUCUCACUCUCAAUGUCUCUCAAUGUUUAAUGUGUGGUGAUUAAGCCUCAGGGUUUCAUUGUAGUGCCCAUUCAUGUGAAGGUAUUUAGAGUAUUUUUCGUAGUCCAAUUUAAGCAGAAAUACUAUGCUGACCCUGUACUAAAAGUCGACAACACUCAAUCCUCCGAUUAAAUCGAAAUGAUGUCAAUAUUAUCGUUUAAAAAAAGUUCAUCGCUGUUGGAUUAUCUCGUGACGCUGUUUGAUUUGGACGUGAACCAAAACAUGGUAAUAAUUGUCAAGAGAAACAAUUAACUGAACGAUUAGAAGAUGGAAAUCGAUUAUCAUUAAAUAUUUUACAAACUAAAGAGGAAACCAGUGAAAAGGUUAUCCCAUUAAUUGAAAAACCUCGAGCUGAUUCGAUGUCCACCAACAAUGGACUGUCCAUUAAAUACACUUCUACCUUCAAUUCAAAAUGGUGAUGGUAUUGGUCUACCUGAUGAAAUCUUUUAGUGAAAAAUUUUCACCGGCCAUUAGAGAGGCCGUUGAAUUUGGCGAUCGAAUUCCCGAUUUUAAAUGUCAUCUCAAGUCCCACCAUAAUCUUACUUAAAGCUGAUGUUUUCGAGAUACAAUUAGCACUUUUAUUCCGUUUUGCCUGUUUGUUUGAUGAAUCCACUAAUUCAAUGAUCUGUCUAAAUCGAAUUGCUCUUGAUCCCGAUUACUAAUAGCAAAUAAUAACAUCUAAUAGCAAAAGUACUAAUCAUUAUUGAAACUCUAGUUAAGAUCUUCCGAUUCUAUUUUCACUUGUCCAUCCAAAUUUAGAAUAUUUCUCAUACUACUAAUCAAAACUUCUUAUUGUGUUUACCCUUGAUUGGGUUAAUUUAUGUUUCCAUUGAUUGUAAAGAUAUUUACUUUCCAUUUUUGAUUUCUCCGGAAGUGAUAAUUGCUCCUCUCUCUCUCUCUCUCUCUCUCUCCUCAUCAAUGAUUGACUGAUGAAGAUAAAGAAGACGAUGGUAGAGGUUAAUGGUAGAGGAGAUGAUGAAAAAAAGUGGAUCUCUUAAGCCAUUGAAAAGGAAAUCUCUUUUUCUCUUAUUACCAACCAUGUAAGCAAAAAGAAAUGAUGAAAAUAAUUCCUGGAAAUAAUUACACCACCGAAAGAAAUACAUCCAAUAGGAGAAAAAGAAAAUGCGACAAAAAUUAAUUAUCUAACACUAAUCAACCCUGAAAUGGAUCAUCCUGAGACUAAUAUCAUCCAGGCCUCCAGAUACAUGAACCAUAUUAAGAUUAAUCAAAAUUUAAUUGAAUUACUGGCACCAUGAAAAAAGGAAGAUCUUAAUCUGUUGGUGAGCCUCUUGUCAACUUUGAUUUCUUCAAAUCAACUGAGAUUAUCAAUUAAUAUAAUUAUAACAACCAACUUUUACCAUUUCAAGUUGAUUAUCUUGACAUUUCCUUUACAUUAUUCUGGAUAAGAUUAUGAUAUUUAUUAACAUUAUUACACAAUUUGAUUGAAAUUUUGUUCACCAUCAUGCAAUAAUGAUAAUCAUCAUGACACUGACAAUGAAAUGUUAACAAUUCAAGUGAUAUCAUAUCAACAUAAAAUCAUAUUUUUGGGACAAUAACUGAAGAAAAUUAAUCAAGGACUAAUUGCUGUUUAUUCAACUUCCUAAUAAUGAUGAUGAAAUCAACCAGAACCAUGGAAAUACAAUCAAUCAUAAUAUUUGAUGAAAUCAUUCAGUUUUAGUUACACUAAUUGCAAACAAUUAACUGUUUACUUAAUUAAUUAAGGCAGUGAUCACAAAUUAAAUAGACUAAGGCAACAAUUUGAUUUAUGACAAUUACUUAAUGAUUGUUAAUUGUUUAUGAUUGUAUAUAAAUUAGCAACAUUAGCCUUUCAUUAAGCUUAAUUGUGACCUGUUAAUUUAGUUCAAUUAAGUGUAAUUGUUAAACGUAUCAAUUUGACAAUUGAAGGACAGACAUUUUCCGUCAAAAUACAGAUGAUACACAGAUUAAAUCUAAAUCAGUUAAUCACAAUUAACUGUGACAUGUGUUGAUCAUUGAUUAGAAUAUAAUGUUAAUUGUUAAUCAUAAAUUAUGGAUAAAUUGUGUUACAAUAGUGAAAAUGUUCAUCCUGAAGUAGAAGUUGAAUUUCAAAUUAUUAAUAGAUGAACACCAUCAUAAUCAUUUACAAUUAGCUUUUAAUGUUAUCGACAAUUAACUAUCUUUUACAGUUAUUAAUCACUUUUAUUAGUGUUAUUUGUGUUUCUCAUUCUCAUCUCGCUGGUAAAAUCAUUGAUCACGAUCGGACUGUGGUUAAUUGUGGUAAAUACAAACGAGAGGCUAAUCAACAUUCAUGUGUCCUUACACCUUUCAACCCUGAGGGACCUUAUUUUUUACCUGAUGAUUUACACCGAUCAACUAUCAAUGAACAAGAGAAAGGUAAACCCUUACACUUGGAGAUAAAUCUUGUGGAUGCAAAUGAUUGUAAACCAUUGGAAAAUAUGUUCAUUCAUAUUUGGCAUGCAAACGCCUUAGGGAUUUACUCUGGCGUGGAUAACAAUUAUAAAGUACCUAAAUACUUGAAAGGUUUAACAAUCGGUGGACCAGGAGAUUCGGGUAUGGGUCCUGGUGUUGGUCGUCCUAAAGCUAUUUCCAACAAUAGAGCAUGUAGAGGUUACCAAGUGACCAAUUCCGAGGGUCAAGUUAACUUUAACACAAUAAUUCCUGGUUGGUAUGGAGCAAGAUGUUUACAUAUCCAUGUUGAAGUUUUCCAUGGGAAUACAACAGAAUUGAACAAUAUUAUCUAUGUAACUCAGAUCUAUUUUCACCGUGAUUUGCCCUCGAAACUUUUAUGGAGUGAACCAUAUUUUCAGAAUGACCAUCAAAUUUUUUUGAAUGAUCAAGACGGAAUUUACCUGUUCCAUGGUAAUGAAACAACCGUCGAUUUGUUGGAAACUAAUGGUCAUUAUUCAACUUCGAUAACUUUUGGAAUCAACCCCAAGGCCUCAAAAAAGGACCAUCAAAAUUUAACAUCGAACAGUUUGAAAGGCAAAAAUAUCUGAUUUUCUCUUACAAAAUCAGCUGCUUAGCUGAAUAAUAUCUAAAUGAACAAAUCAAAUUGUUGCUGUAAUUUGUCAGUAUUGACAAACUUGAUUGUUUUGUUUUCUCAAGUGACUGAGUGUAAAUAUCAACGUUACAGUCAAACCAUUUAGGUUGAAUCCUAAUUCUAUUUCGCAUGAAUCUUUUCUGUUUAGGUUGAAUCUGCCAUCGGCUAAUCCAUCGUUUUAAUCCAUUGGUUCUAAAAAGGUUGAAACUUUUCUAAUUGCUUUGGAUCUUAUUCUAUUUAGUUUGGACCUUUUGGCUUGAACAAUGGCUCGAAUCAGUCAUAAAAGUCAAAGUUAAUUAUAAUAUUUUAAAAAGAAAAAAUUUAGCACCACAAAUGAUGAGUUAAAGUGAUUGAAUUAAUAUUUAUAAGAAUAAUUUACUGAUAAAUGUUGUAUUUUUGAAAAAAUCUUGAACGAUAGACAACUUAAAAGCAAGUCUUGAAGCCAAAAGGUCCAAACUAAAUAGAAUAAGAUCCAAAGCAAUUAGAAAAGUUUCAACCUUUUUAGAACCAAUGGAUUAAAACGAUGGAUUAGCCGAUGGCAGAUUCAACCUAAACAGAAAAGAUUCAUGCGAAAUAGAAUUAGGAUUCAACCUAAAUGGUUUGACUGUAUGAAUUGAUUAUUAAUAGUUUUUUGAAUUGAUUUGGAAAUACCUAUUGAUGGUAAAAUUGUAUGUAGACACCAAAGAGUAGAAAGAGUUUUUACUCUUUGGUAGACACUAUGAUUUGAUAGCAAUUAGAUAUGGCUCAAUAAUUAAGACAUUAUUAGCAAUUGAGUAUCAGUAUCAGUUGUGUAAUCAAGAGUGUCUGAAAUUUUAAUCUCAAACCAAUUUAAAAGUCAACCCAUCUGAGAAAAGGUGAUCAACAACAAUUAACUCGAUGAUAAUGACUGUUAGUGACAGAAAAAAGACAAAAAACGUGUUGAUUGAUGAAUUCCCCGUUAUAAUAAUUAAAGAAAUUUCCUCUUUCCAUCUUCUUAAAUAAUUAAAUUGUUAUAAUGAGAAACUGAACGCGCACCAAACAAUUUGAUUGUUGCAGUGACGGAAAAUUGUUAUUAGUUCAUUUUAUCGUUUUUUGUUCAAACCAACACUUUGUUUGUAAAUUUGUGGUACAAAAUGUUAACUCCAUUGAAAAGCCAAUUAAUCGAUGAAAAAGUGUCCACUUUGUAUAAAAGAUUAAGAUCUCAGGCCACUUGUGAACCCGCAAUCGUCGAGGGAUGGACAUUCAGAGAAAAACCGUCUUGGUAUGAUGAGGAUAAAUUCAAAAGGGCUCAAAGAUGGGCUUAUUAUCAUUUUGUCAGUGUUUUUCUAGGCCAUUUAACGGGACUAUUGGUCAUCUUCAAUAUGCCUUCAAUGAUGCCUCCAGUAGCAAAGACCAAAAGUCAUUCAACAGUAGCAAAGCUUUUCAAUCGUUACCUGGACACAUUUCGACACGUAAAGAUUUGGUACGAAUCUGACCCAUUCAUGGUUGGUAGUGAUGCUAACAAGUCUCUUCGAAAGAUCAACAAUUUACAUUGUGGAAUAGUGAAAAGUAUGAAUGGUUCAGUUCCUAAAGAUUCAGCUGAACCCAUUUGGGUGUCACAAUAUGAUAUGGUUUUGAUUCUUUGGUCAAUCAUGGCUCCGAUUAUUUUGUUCCAUCGAAAAUGUGGAAUCCAUUCAAUAACUCGGCGUCAAAUGGAGGAUCUAAUUCACUUCUGGGCAGUUGUUGCUUAUGCGCUUGGGAUCAAAGAUGAAAAUAAUAUUUUAAGAUCAACUGAUUACGAUGAAGUUUAUGGCAUUUGUGAUAAAUUAUUAGCAUCUGAUGUACGACCUGUUGCUCAAGAACGUAAAUAUCCUUCUAACCAUGGAUAUGAAGUUUCCAAAGUCUUAGCGAUUGCCCUUCAACCCUUAGCCCCGAUAAUUUCUCUUCAAGGAUUAAUGCGUCAAUGGUACCGGAUAUUUGGUAUUACAGCUUCCAUUCCAGUGGCUCAUAAGUUUGGCUACAAAUCAGCUGUGACUCUUGCAGAUACUUUACUUAAAUACUCAGUGUUUCGGUUCAUGUUUGCUGUGAUUCUUAAAUUCAUGUUAAUCCUAAGAACUUGGCAACGGGCAAAAAUCACCGACCAAAUGAAUGCUCUUUAUCCAGAUGAUAUACAUCCGGAUGUUGAUUCAAAAUCAUUCACACCAGCAGAAUUACUUGCAUAUUAAUCAACUAAAUACAAAAACAAGACACAAAUUCAAGUUGAAAAUCGGAUAACCCAAAAACCAAGAUGCAAUUUACCUGUUCGGUAAUGAAACAACCGUCGAUUUGUUGGAAACUAAUGGUCAUUAUUCAACUUCGAUAACUUUUGGAAUCAUUUUAAAACGCGAAUUUUUCUUUUUCUUUUUCUCUCUUGUCUAUUUCUUUAUGAAUCACGCGCACUUGAAACCGAACUGCGCUCGCUUAUGUUAAAACUUUGAACCUGAAAUUUUUAAUGAAUGCUCAAAUCUCGUUCGGACUAACUUUUCCGUUUGUAGGAUUUCAAGCUAAACUUUUUUAUAUCUUAACCUUUCAUAGACUCUUUUUAGCGUGAGCAUAAUCUUAACCGAAUAAUCCAUAUCUUAUUUAUAUUUAUGAUGACGAUGAUUAAGAUCGAUGUUAGAUAAGUUCUGAUCUCUUAUCAUAGAUAUGAACUAGAGAAUUACCAAGAUAAGCAUGCUCAUCUUUUAUUAAUUUUCCAUAAAAUUGGGAUUAAUGAAUAUUUAAGGUAAUAAAGGACCAUCAACAACGAGACGAAGGAUCAAAUCGAAUCGUCGAAGUAACUCCUCCAAGGUUGCAAUUGUUAAGUUCUCAGACAAUUGUUCGAGACUUUCAAUUUCACUGCGGAGUGAAUUCAAAUUUUCCAAUGAAAAUUUAAAUACUUUUCUUCGAUAGAUAUCAGAAAUGUCGAACGGGUGGUCUUUUGAGAUGCGUUCAAUGUCGAGACCAACAGCAUCGAUCAAACUUGUAGCAUAUUCCUUAACUGAU